AUGACCUUCGAUCGAGCUCGAAACUUUGUCGUUCAGGGCUGCUACUUCGUCGACAACUCUGGCGGACGGAAGCAGACACUCGAUGAAGGCAAGCCGAUAGAAUUGCCCGCCAAGUCUUUCGACAACCUCGUCUCACCCAACAAUGUGGACGAAAAACGCAUAUUUUUGAUGCAUAGCGUGAACCCAUCUUCGGUUCGGUUGACUGGAGAAAGCGUAGCAAGGCACUUCCAGGCUAAGGAUGUCUUGCUCACAAGCGUCUUCUUUCGCCUUAUCCUCUCUUUCUGGCCUGCACAAGGGAAUCGCGUAGUCCCCAGUCUAGCCUAUCAGCUCGUUGUCUCUCCUCACUGCCCAGAGGAACUUAAAGUCGAAAUACUGGGCGCUUAUUAUGCGGAGCCUGAUAUCCCCGAACAGUCACUCCAGAACCAAUUCCAGAAACUUAUCGUUCGUCCACUUCUUAACGCCAUCAAAUUCCUUCCCCCCACUUUACCUAUCGUCUUCCUCUUGGAUUCCGUACAUGACUGCCAAAUCGUCGAAAUUAUCAUAUACGCUCUCGCCAAGGCGCUUCAUGAGCUUCGGAAAGGUGGGGUCAAUGCCAUCGCAGUCAUCACAACAGUUUCCUACAGCAAGAUCCUCGACAGUGUCAAAUCACAUGAGACUACCACGUCCAUUACUCAAACCUCCUCUACCCCCGUCACUUCUCCCCACUCCCUCAUCUCUGGGGCAAGAGCGUUGGCUUUCCCGCUGCUUGACCUCAAGUAUAAAUUACCGGACGUCGUCCAACGUGUGGUUGAAGUCCUGACCGCCUUCUUAUCAUUCGCGUCGAUUCCCUUCGUCGUGUACCUCGCGGUCCUCAUAAGCGGCCUUCUCAUAGGACUCGGUCCCGGGGCAUUCUUGUUAGCGGGAACUGUAACGUUUUUGGUUGGUAUUCCGAUGCUAAUUUGUGUAUCGAUUGCUUUCCCGAUCUUUGUAUACACGGAGCUGGCACGGGUAAUAUGGCCCAGGUCAGGGUAA